AAACUUUACAGUCCACUUGUCAAAUAACUUAGAUCGGCUAUUUAUUUACCUGGGGAGAAAGAGCAAGAUCUAACUUGGAUGCUGUUUUGACGCUCUUGGGCUAAGCAAUUGGGAGGAAAGAUGUUGGAAGAAACGGGCACUGAUGUUGCUAAUUUCCUGACAGCACUGUUGCUUGACAUUCGAGUUCAGGUGCUUUUAAUCUUUGUUGGAUUUUUCAUUCAUUGGAACUACCGUUUACCAAGACCUCGGAAAGGAGCCGGGAACAAGGCUGUAUUUGUGACAGGUUGUGACACCGGAAUGGGACAUCGCAUGGCGAGGAGAUUCGACGAGAUGGGAAUGCACGUGUUCGCCGGGUGUCUAAACCCUAGCGGUCCUGGCGCAGUCGCACUCAAGGAAUCUUGUUCUACGCGGCUGCACGUCGUUCCUCUGGACAUCACCAACGAGGAACAAGUGAAAGAAGCAGCGGCCUAUGUCAAAGCCAACCUUCCCGAAGACGAGAGAGGCCUGUAUUGUCUAGUAAAUAAUGCUGGAGUGUUGUCUUACACAUCAUUCGAUCUCAUGACAACAGAAAUGUGUGAAGAAGUUAUCUCCGUCAACCUCAUGGGAACUAUCAGAAUGACGAAGAUAUUUCUGCCACUUAUUACCCCAGUUCCAGGUCGAGUUGUGACAAUUACCAGCAUAUUGGCAAGGUUGGUUUGUCCUCGAGUCGCUGUGUACACUGCUACGAAGCACGCUCUAAACGGAUUUUUCUCUGCACUACGUUAUGAGCUUAUGGAUUCUGGUGUUCAUGUAGCCACGAUAGAGCCGGGAGAUUAUUCCACAACAACAGACAUAAUGCAGUGGACUCAAAGCCGCGUGGAAGAGAUGUGGGAAAAAAUGUCGCCGGAGGAGCGAAGGACCAAAGCUCAUCUCUUCGAGGAUACUAAGAAGAGAGUCCACAAGGCAAAGUGUUCCACCGAGGAUCAGGAACGCAACUACAGGACUCUCCUGGAAGACGUCGAGGACGCGAUGUUGGCCGAAGAACCCCGUUGGAGAUACGUCAGCGCCCCCUUCGGUACGAAAGCAUUUUUGUGGGUCUUAAGGAUGUUACCGGAAGAGAUGAGUUUCAAAGUUAUGGGAAGAGCAAACAAUUAAAACGGUUAUCUUGUGAUCUCCCUGUCGCAAAGAUCGCUCAGAAUGUGAAUUAUCUGCAUAAACUUUUUACAGGAAGAAUGAGAAGCUAACUGAAAAUUCAUUUUUCUUAGCAUGAUCAUGAAUCAUUAUCAAUGACAAACUUUUUAAACCAAAAGUAAAAUGAUUCUGUUGAAUAGAAGUUUUUAACGGAUGUACAUGUAGUGGUUUAGUUAUCUUUUUAUUUUUUAAUAACGUUAAAUUUAUGGCU